AAAUCAUUUUUUGUAAAAUAUAAGUGUAUAUCACCGUUGCCAGAUGAAGGCUCUAUAAUAAAGGCCAAGUGACGCCACACACGUCAUGUAAAGCUAUACAUGGAGGGCUUAAAAAUUAAUCAGUCUAACAAGUUACAAAGUAUGUGAGCGGAGAUAAUUAACUGUUUAGAAAAUGGAUUAUAAAAAAAUAGUAGCUGUUAUUAACAAAUAAAAAAUGAUUAAAUCGAUAAUUACUAAACUGUUUCAUUUAUCGGUGGUUUUGAUACCGAAAAUGUAUUUACACUGAUUCACUUCUGAGCCCUCCGUGCCUCCAUAUACAGUGUGAUUCUCUCGCUACGCAAGACAAAAGCCGUGUCGCACAAUUGAACGCUGUUUUUGCGGGUAAAGAGAUCCAGGGGCCAUAUCGCCGGACCCAAAACUGCUCUGUGUAUGUUUAUGGCUGAGACGAAAACAAGAAACGGAACAGCAGGGGUUCCGUUGUGCGGCACGGCUUUACUAUCACCUUGUACUAAUACGACUUGUGCACUGUUGUGCACACCACGUGGUGAUUACCUAGUGAUAUGUAUGUAUAUGACGUCCUUACCGAUGGUAACCAGAACCAUACAUAACCAUUCUACCCGUAACAAACUAAAAUCUAGAAGGAAAUGGACAAAAAGAUGGUUUUAAAAACAGCAAAAUUGAGUUUUGCAAUUUCAUAAAUGCAAAUUUACACGGAUUGCAAAUCGCAUCAUGAAACUUAGGAAUCCAUACAUAUAUGUAUGUUUACAUCGUAACGUGUGUACGGGCAAGAGUGUUUGCGCACUACGAAGCGUGCAAGAACCAAUGAGGACUGUAAUGGACUGAAAUGCACAGCAUGAACGAAAACUCGGCCUUUGACAUACUUUCACAAAUAUGUUCUCUCGUAAAUUGCACUAUGUACAUGUAAUGAUAGCGAUAUGGCUGUUCCUGGCCCAAGUUCAACUACUAAAACCUUGGAUGUAGACAAUGAAUCAGGCAGUGAUAGCGGUAUGGCUGUUUCUGGCUCAAGUUCAGCUACUAAAUCCUUGGAUGUAGACAAUGAAUCAGGCAAUGAUAGUGGUAUGGCUGUUUCUGGUCCAAGUUCAGCUAUUAAAAUCUUGGAUGUAGACAAUGAAUCAGGCAGCAUGUUUUCUGCGCCUCCUCCGAAAAAAAUUUUUGCAAGGCAAAAAUUUCGAGAUGCCUGGUUGCAAGAUUCAAAAUUUGCAUCGUGGUUAAAAAAGUGCGACAAUCCAUAUAAAGCUAAGUGUGUCGUUUGCAACAGUACGUUCACGGCCGGAAAAAGUGACCUCCUUAAACAUAUGAAGACCAUUGUGCACACUAUAAGUAUGCAAAAGAGAGGACUAGAAGAAGGAGAUGCUACAACAGAAGAUGUACAGGUCAUCAAUUUUCAGAACGAUAUUAAAAAAGCUGAAUUACGAUUCUGUUUGGACAUUAUUGAGCAUAGUCGAAGCUUCCAUUCGUUUGAACAUUUUGCUAACAUAAUUGCAGUACCUGAUUCGCCAGUAGGAAAAAACAUAUUCUUCAAAAGAACGAAAAUUAGCGCAAUAAUAAAAAAUGUUCUAAACAAAUAUAUUGUUUCUGAAAUGUCUGUAAUCUUACAGAACAAGGUAUUUUCUGUUAUAGUAGAUGAAAGUACUGAUAUUUCGGGAACAAAAAAUUUAUGUAUAUUAGUUAGAUAUGUGCACGAAGGACACAUACAAACAUAUUUGUUAGAUUAUUUGCGUGUCAUGGAUGAUACGGCAGAAAAUCUAUAUAAAUGCUUUCUGUGCUCAUUAGAAAAGCAUAACUUAUCUGUAACAAAUAUAGUUGGUAUCGGCGUUGAUAAUGCAAAUGUGAUGUUGGGUAAGCAGAACUUGUUAAUUUCUCAUUUAUUAGAAGAUAACGAGGAAGUUUCUGUCUUCCCAUGCACUUCUCACACCAUGCAUUUAAUUGCAUAUCAUGCAACGGAUUGCCUUCCACAUUAUAUUGAGCAGUUUCUUCAUGCAAUUCCAUCCUACUUUUCUAAAAGUUCAAAAAGGCAAACUGUGUUAGAAAACACUCAACAGUUAAUGAAAGCUGCACGAAAAAAAGUUAUUCAUCCUGCUAUAACUCGAUGGCUGGCAUUAUCAGAAUGCAUCGAAGUUGUGCUAGAUCAAUGGACAGUUUUGUUUACUGUGUUUGCAGAGGCCGUCAUUGAGGAUAAAUCGAACACUGCCACCAGAAUUUUCGAUUGCUUUAAUUGUCUUUACACGAAGGCAUAUCUGCAGUUUCUAAAUUACAUAUUACAAAUAUUCACCCAUUUUAAUACAACUUUUCAGUCAUCCAUAAUUUUGGUACAUCGCUUGAUAGAAGAGUGUGUUCGAUUUUUGAGGCUUUUGGGGAGUAAUUUCUUGCAACCACAGUGUGUCGAAACAAAUGUGCAAAACGCCAACAUUUAUGAAGAAAACAAUUUGCUUCCUCUUGAAGACAUUUUCAUUGGUACUGAAGCUGCCAUCACAAUUAACGAAAUCAGAAACAUAAAUUGCGCAGACAGUAAUGACAAAAUUGUUGAAUUUUAUAGAAAUAUUAGGAAAUUCUACCAGUGUUCUUUUGAAAAUGCGGUAAAGAGAUUUCCAUUAAAGGAACAAUUUUUAUAUUCCUUAGAGUUCUUGGAUCCGGUAGUAACCUUGGACCUAACAAAGCAUAAAAAUCAGAUAGAUUGUAUUAUAAAUAAAUUUAAGUCUAAAUUUCGGAGCACUCGUGUGGCAAAUGAAUGGCGUUUAAUGCCGUUUUAUUUUUCACAAGAAGAAAAGCAAAAAUUGUUAAAAUUAGACAUUCCACGAUUUUGGAAUUCAGUCAGUAAGAUCACCGAUUCUGCUGGUAACCAAAUUUUUUACAAUAUUUCAAGUGUAGCACAUUUAUGUUUGACGUUACCACACUCGAACGCCGAUGUAGAGAGAUUUUUUUCACUAGUCACAAAAAUUAAAACGAAAGAAAGAAACAGAUUAAAACCUGCCAUGAUAAGUGCAGUUAUGCGAAUCAAAUUACAUUUAAAAAAUAAAAAUAAAAAUUGCGUUACAUAUGAAAUUCCUGACGGAAUGUUGGAAUUGUACAAUUCAAACAUGUAUCGUUCAACAUAAGUUGUACUACAAGAUGUCACUGGCAUUUUACUACCAGAUAAAACUGAUCAGAGAUACAGUAACCUUACAGACAAUUAAUGUAAAUUUAAGUCUGUACACAUGUAAUAUAAUUUUGUAUAUAUGUAAUAUAAUUUUAUAUGUAUUGUUAGUAUAUUUUUACAUAUAUUUAUAUUUAUGUGUACAGUAUUCAAUUCUAUGUACAUACAUACAUAUGUAUGUAUGUUGGUAUGUAUGUAUAUGUGUAAGUAAGUAUGUACCAAUAGAUCAGUGGUAUGUACGUUCCGAACAGAAA